GCCGCUCUCAUUGUUUUUGUUUUGUUUCGUUACUCCUCUUCAUUCGCAAGUUUGUUGUCACCUGUUGCUCUCAUUUGAUAAGUACUUAUUUGUAUUAAAUCAUUUUAUUCGUUCUCAAGUUUUAAGUUUAUUUUAAACAAUGGUUCGAACAAAAGCGGAUGGUGCGUUGAGAGUUGCUGCUGGAGGUAAGGCACCAAAGAAAAGUUCCAAUGUGCCUCGCAGUCCCUCUUCGAGUCCUAGUCCUACUGAAACAUCUGGUAAGGAUUCCUUCCCGGUCAAUAAAUAUUGUCCUAGAGAGAUACCACUCUGGCAGAAAAAGAUCACGUCGUUCAUUAAUGGCAAACUAAGUGAGUCUGGAACAUCAGACGAGUUAUCAGUUUUGACACCAGUUCUCGAAAAAGCUCCUAAAAAUAAGACAAGAAAGUCAAAGAGAAGCUCUGCUGUACUGAACGAAUCACAAGAAAUGGACACAGAAGAAGGUGAAGUGGCUACCAAGAGAUUCAAAGGGAAUGGUCACUCGCAGGAUGAUCCUGAAAUAAACGAAAAGAAUACAAAUAACUUGAUGGAUACAGAUGGGUAAACCGUUGUGCAAGUUUUCUCAAUAUUGAUGAUUGUGAUUUUUUGUAUAUUUAAGUAAGUCUUUAUUUUAUUAUGCAUAUUUUACCACUAGUUUCCUUAAAAUCGUCACCCUUUAAGAUUGUUUUUUGAAAUAUCAGUGCACUAAGUGAAAAUACUACAAAUUUCUGAAAAUUAUUGAGAGUAGUAUAGAUAGAAUUGUUCAAAAGUAUAGGAAUUGACGUGCCUGACUUCUUUAAAAGCAUCAAUGUUCUUUUUUUUCAAAUUACUUGUAUGAAAAAUUUUAUCAAAGUUAAAAAGUAAUGUAAGUAUUGAAAAGUGAUAUUAAUAUAGUUCAGCUUGCGGGCAUAAAUAGUUUACUGGUAAACUAUCCAAGUAAACAUCAUUAUAAAAUGUUUCUACAUUACAUUGUAAUAUUUUUUUUUUAUAUGUAUUGUGUAAUAAUUUUCCUUAUAAGUAAGUGCAUUUGAUUCUAAAAAAAAUGUUUUGUACAUAAAUUAUUCUAAUUAAAAAUAAAGGUUCUUUCCAAGUAA